GUCACUUCAUUUGUGUGUUCUUUCCUACUUUGUACUUCAAAACGAAAACAAACGAUUUAACUAUAAUAUUUGUAUCAUUAAUUUGUUUUAGAAAUUACGAAGCACAGAAAAUGCUAGUAAUUCGGACGUUGAUUGGAUUUGCUCUCGGCACAAUUUGCUUGGCACUGCCAACAAAACCAGUCCAGAAUAAUCGACUUGAGCCAGAUGUCUACAGAAAUACGACAGAACUGGUCCGCAGCAAAGGUUACCCAAAUGAAGAGCACAAUGUGAUCACUUCUGAUGGCUACAUUCUUCAGGUUCAGCGAAUACCAAGGGGACGAAAACCAGGGGCAACUGGUGAAAAGGGACCAGUGCUCCUCCAACACGGGUUGCUGUCUUGCUCUGCGUGUUGGGUUGAAAAUCUUGCCAACAAUAGUCUGGGUUUUAUUAUGGCUGACGCCGGAUAUGACGUUUGGUUGGGAAACAGUAGAGGUAACACAUAUGGUCUGAAACACAAGACGCUAAACGCCAAUCAGACUGCCUUCUGGGAUUUCAGCUUUGACGAAAUGGCUUUGUUGGACCUACCCGCAACUAUAUCCUAUAUUCUGAAUGUCACCGGUCGCUCCAAACUCAGCUACAUUGGUCACUCACAAGGGACAGAAAUAGCAUUCGCAGCCUUGUCCAGAUUUGACAACUUGAAUGAUCAGAUACAAUCGUUUGUUGCCCUCGGACCUGCCGCCUACCUUGGAAAUAUGACAAGCCCCGUUAAGCUACUGGACAGUUUGACUACCACCGAAAUUUAUACAGUUUUCGGCCAGAAAGACUUCCUACCAAGAUCUGAUAAACUGCCUGCGCUAUGUGUCAAGCCUACCUUUGGUGAAAUUUGCGAAAACAGUCUAUUUUUACUCUGUGGCUUUGAUCCCGGAAAUCUAAACAAGACGAGAAUUCCGGUAUAUAUCGGCCAACACCCUGCUGGCACGUCAGUUAAAAACAUGGUUCAUUAUCUUCAGGCUGUAAAGGAAAGCAAAUUUCAAAUGUUUGAUUAUGGCGAGGCCGGGAACCAACUGAAAUACAAGCAGAAAUCCCCACCGAACUACCCUCUCCACAGAGUGCGCACAAAAGUAACGCUUUAUGUGGGCGACAAUGAUUGGCUGACGACUAUUGAUGACGUAAACAGACUUGCAAAAGACCUUCCGUUUCCACCGGAGUACCAUAUACUUCCUCGCUAUAACCACUUGGACUAUAUAUGGGGAAUGGAUGCUGCCAAGAUUUUGUAUCCAAAGAUAGUCAAUACAUUUUAAACCUAGUUGAUAUGGUAAAAAACACAUCAGAUCGUUUUUCGUUUGUUUUGUAGUUUGUUACAAUGGAUAUGAGACUGACUGUAAACGUUUGUUGAGUAACUGUUUAAUGUUGUUGUUUUUUGUUUGUUUGUUUUUUUAGGUUUCAUUUUGUGUGUUUAAAUAUACCUGGUAACGAAUCGCAUAGCAUAAUUGUAUAUAGUCAAGUCAAAUUGAUUUGUAAAGAAAGACCUCCGGCCCAUAAAACAGCAUAUAAAAGACAAAAAUCA